AUGAUUGUUUCAUGGCCAACAAAACACUAUAGUUAUCUUUGUUGGAAUGCAAGUUGUGAACCUGUGGAAUGCAAGUUGGAAUGGGUAAAUGAGCUGAUAGAGGAAGGGAAAUGGAAAAAUGAAUUGCUUCUCAAGUGGUUUAGUACAAAAGAUGCCGAGCUCAUAAAAGGAAUUCCAACAAGUAUAGGAAGAAGAAAGGAUAGGUUGGUAUGGGGGCAUUCCAAAUCUGGAAUUUAUAGCAUGAAAUCUGGUUAUGGUGUAGCAAGGCAACAGGAACGAAAAGCAGGUAGAAGGACAGGCCAAGAUGCAGAAACAAGUUGGGAGAUACGAAAACGAAAGUCAAUGAACAGCUGUCGAAAAGGCUACACAGGUGAAGGUAGAUGUGGUUGCUGUGGUGAAGACAUGGAAACCAUUGAGCAUUUGUUCUUCUUCUGUGACAAGGCUGUGGAAAUAUGGAAGCUAGCACCGGUCAGGUGGGAUGGAUUAAUGGGUAUGCAAUAUAACUUUUGGCUAUGGUGGGAACAAGCCACACAAUCGCCGGCACUGAAUCAAGGUCAGGAGAGAGUAAGGAAGAUAGACCAGAUGGAGAGUACAGAGAAGCUGAACGAUGCCUUACCUACCAGGAGGGUGCGGACAAGGAAGGAAGAGAUAAGGUUGUAUACUGAUGCAGCGAUAUCAGCUAAACGGUUCAGGACUGGACAAGGGAUUAUAGUAAGGAAUUGGAAAGGACAGCUUUUGAAAGCAAAAGGAAUUGUCACACAGGGAAAGGGAUCGGCAAGUGAAGUGGAAGCUCGGGCUGUGAAAAAUGCUCUAUUGAUGGCUACCCAAUCAGGUUGGACAAAAAUUAUAGUCCAUACAGACUGCAAAUCAGUGGUUGAGCAGAUUACUAAAUGCAAGGAAUAUGACUACACGACUGCAACUAUCUUAGAAGAUGCGCAGGAACUUAGUCUAGCUUUUGAAAGAUGUUCCUUUGUGUUUAUACCUAGAACUGAAAAUCAAAUCAGCCAUGAAUUAGCACAAUAUGCUGUGAAGCUUGUACAUGAUAUUGAAUGGGAGAAUGAUUUCCCAAUAUGGCUGACUGACUUAGCUAGGACAGAUAUGAGAGGUGGAGGUGGAGCGGAGCCUAAGCUGAAUGUUCUUACUUCUUUGCCUGGGUUCUUUAUUGCUACUUUGUGUGUCGGUGGUGGUCAUGAAAAUAGGGGUUUGAGGGUGGGAUUGGCGGAAGCGUUUUUGGAGGACAUUUCACUUUGUGCCAGCCGAUUGGCAGCUUUCAAUUGA